GGAAGAAACACGAAAUACCCCUUAACGGUGAUCCCGGCCCCUACAUGGGAGCAGUUCCUGAGAAAAUAUUUCUCAGUGGCAGAAGCUCCGGCCACUCGCUGGAGACCUUCUAAUCCCCUUCCCGUCUGGCAUAAUACCGACCCUGCUGAAAUCCUAGAAUUGAUAGCUGAACUGAAAACUGGUAAGGCCCCUGGGCCCGAUUUGGUCCCUGUUGAGGCUAUAAAGCUACAUUCUGCAUGGUGGGCAGGGAUUUUAGCUAAAACGUUUGACGCAAUAAAUGCCACGGGCUUAAUACCAGGUACGUGGAAGGAGGCCAUUAUAAUUCCUAUCUACAAAAAAGGUUCUCCCGGUGACCCAGGGAAUUACCGGAAUAUCAGUCUGCUAUCGUCCAUUGGGAAAAUAUAUGCCCGUUUUUUGCUGGCAAGGCUGAUGAAGUGGUCAGCUGAGGCUGACCUGAUUGGGCAUGAGCAAGCUGGAUUUAGAUUAAACCGAUCCACAACAGAUCAGGCAAUUAUUCUUUAUCACUUAGCCCGGAAAUACUCGACACCUCGACGGGGCCAACUUUGCGCAGCCUUCAUAGAUUUGAAAGCUGCGUUUGAUAGUAUUCCGAGGCAAUUACUAUGGGAUAAACUUGCCUGCUGGGGAAUAGAUAGAAGGCUCCUGUGGCUUAUCUCCCAACUUCAUGCCGGGUCCGUGGCCAGG